AUGGAAUAUCCAAGUAAACGUGUUAAGACAAAAGUUGAAAAAGUAAAAUUUAAUCCUGAUCAAAUACGUGAAGAACAAAACCCAUUUGUGAUACCAACUGUCGUAGAUGAUACAGAAAAACUCAAACGAUCGAUUACGUGGGUGAAUGCAUUUUGGGUAUCAAGUGGCGUGCCUGCUCUUGUUCUAUUUUCAAUUGGUGCUAUCGCUGCAACUGUUGGAAAUCCAUCGUGGUUUGUUUGGACUGUGUCGAUCAUUAUCGGUUUUUUGCAGUCAUUUGCCUAUGCCGAAAUUGCAGGACUUUUUCCAAAUAAGUCGGGUGGUGCAUCAGUAUAUGGAGCAAUUGCUUGGAUACGCUAUGGAAAGAUAUUAGCCCCUAUCUCAGUCUGGUGCAAUUGGUUCGGUUGGUCACCUGUAGUAGCCAUCGGAACUGGACUAAGUGCUGGAUAUAUUCUCAGUAUGUUUGACUCAACUUCGUUAGUGAAAACAUGGCAAUUUAAAAUUCUUAAUCUUGAUUUCAUUAAGGCAGAUCUUUCAUUGAGGAUAGAUUCAACUUUUUUUAUUGCAGCAAUAUUGAUGCUCAUCGUUUUCGCUGUGCAGCAUCGAGGCAUUUUGUCAGCUGCUCGCAUUCAAAUGAUAUUUGCAAUCUCGUCACUAUUGCCUCUAAUUAUCUUAGGUAUAAUACCGCUGUUUAUGGGGAAAGUACAUAGUAAAAAUUUUAAACCAUUUGUGCCACUUAUGCGUGAUGCAACAACAAAUAAUAUUACCACUGGAAGCUGGGAUAGAGCAGGUAUUACAUUAUUUUCUGGGGGUAUGUUCAUCGCUGGCUGGUCGACGUAUGCUUUUGAAACAGCUGUAUGUUACACCAGUGAAUUUAAAAGCCCAGGAUCAGAUACAUUCAAGGCGAUAUUAUCAUCUGGUUUAUUGUGUCUCUUUGUCUUCACUUUAAUUCCAAUUACCUUUCAGGGAAAUCUGGGUCUUACGGGAAUGCUUGAUCCAGGCAUCUAUAAAGGAAUGGGAGUUGCAAAGGCAAUGGCCGAGAUGAUUGGAGGUGGUCAAAUAAUGACAAAUAUUGUGGUUGUACUAUUAUUGCUAUCGCUUCUACUUUCUAUCAUGACUGCUAUGGCAGGCUCAUCACGUACACUUUACCAAGGUUCGGUUGAUGGAUGGCUUCCAAAAUUUUUAUCUCAUGUUAAUCAAAAUGGCGCACCGACGGCUGCAAUGUGGACGGAUCUUCUUUUCAAUUUAGUUCUCUUAUUAUUGUCUGACCUCGUGUUUGUUUUAGCAGCAUCAAAUGUCGGUUAUAUCAUCUUCAUUUUCAUGAAUGUGAACGCUGCAUGGAUUCAUAGAAUGGAUCGUCCAAACUGGAAGCGACCAUUCAAAGUACCUAAUUGGUUGCUGUUAAUCAGUGUCAUCCUUAGUUAUAUGAAUCUUGUGUUUCUUGGCAUGGGAGCCGAUACAUGGGGAGUUGGAACACUUUUUACAGGUUUGAUAUUUGCGGUCUUAAUUAUUCCAGUGUUUAUUAUACGUCAUUAUAUUCAAGACAAAGGUUCCUUUCCUGCUCUUAUAGUAGAUGACUUCAAUUUAGAUGAUGAAAAAACUGUAUCAGACCAGGCUGGUAUACUUCCAUAUAUUGCCCUUGGAAUCGGUAUCCUCGUUGUUAUUCUCUCGCGUCUCCUUGCGUACUACUAA